AAAUAAAAGGGAACCAAAAAAACUCUCCUAAAUCACAAAAACCCUAAAACUGCCUGUUCCUCCUGGUUCUCCAAAUCUUCCCUUGGUAUUAUUAAUUGUUACUGUUAAGGAGACAUUGACAUUAGUGUAGGUUGCUGAGUUGGGUUUUGUAGAAUCAGAGACCUCUUGCUUUUUUCACCAAAACUUUGGGUUUUGGUCCCCUACACAGUAUAAAUCACCAUUCAAGUGCUAACCAUAAAGUGAGAAAAAGCUAGAUAAAGAGGUCACAGGAUUUAGGGCGGGCCUCUCUUUUAAAAAAGAAAUAACUAAGCAUAAAAACCAGUAAGAAACCCACUUUCUUAUUUAACAGCUUAACUGCCCCAUAACUGCUAGAAAGUCUCUCCAUUAUCAGCACUCAAUUCACCUUCCUUCCCACUAUUUUCUUCUUUUUCUUCUUCUCUACAACUCCUAAACCUUGAGAAUUCAAACCGUUCUUCUUCUAUAGUCAUAGGAAGUGAAACGGAAUUCAGAAACUUUAAAUUAUGAAGUGGGGAAGGAAGAAACCUUCUCCUUCUUCAUUAUCCUCCUCCUCUUCUCGACGAUUUCCUUCACUUUCCCAAGUUCUUCCUACAUCUUGGCUUUCCAGGUUUAAGCGAAUGAGGGUCGAUGCUGAACCAAAACGUGCAAAAGGGAAGCAGAAUACUGUUAGUUCAUCACCAGAGAAGUUUGCUGCUGGUGAAGGAAGGUUCUAUGGUGGUGGGGAUGGAGAUGCAUUUUGGAGACUGUCAUUUGGAGAAAAAAGUGUUGAUGGGAAGAUAGGCGCGGAUCCUGCUGGAGUGCUAAGAUCAGUCUGGUAUGAUUCGGUUGAUGUGCUCGGUUUCCCACCCUCAAGUUGCCAGAGAUGUGGAUCAAAUGCUAUGAUGACAAUGAAAACAGACGGUAUUAGGAGGCUUGGUCGUAUGUCUUGGGAUGUAAAGAACCAGGACUUCCGGAGGGAUACUGAAAUCCUGCCUGCAGUUAAUUUAUAUAAAGGAGAAAGGGCAACGGUAAUCAAGACACCAAGGCUGAUAUCUGAAAGAGACUUGAAAUCAAGGAAGAGAUUUGAAGAAGCUGUGGAAGAAAAAAGGUUGAGAUUACAGAGAAUUAAAAGUGAAGCAGAGCAGAAGUCCAAACAAUCUCUGGGAAAAAUUGUCUCAGAAGUGGAAGCAGUGAGGCAAAUUCCAGUCAUUGGGAAGAAGAAGUUAACGGGUGGCAGUUUAGGGAAACAUCAGAAUCUCUCUUCCAUAAAUUCGAGAAAUUGUAGUUUAAGAACAAAUGAUGAAGACCGUGCAUUCUCAGCUCAGAAAAUGGAAGAGAAUAAAAUAGAAGAGCCGAAGGUGAAGAGUGAGAAACAGAGGAAAUCUCAUCACAUGAGUAGGGAAUCGCAUAGGAGGAGAACAAAGCAGACCAAAGUCAGAGUUUUUUCUCCUAGAACACCUUCCAAGGUUGAAACCUGCAAAAUAAAAGCUCUUGAAGAGAUGAAGAAGGCGAAAUUGAAGUUGAAGGCGGCAAAACAAAGAAGAAUGAAGGAAAGUACCAGGUUAGAGAACUUUGCUGUAGUGAAAUGCUCAUUUGAUCCAGAGAAAGAUUUUAGAGAUUCAAUGAUUGAGAUGAUCAUGGAGAAAAAAAUAAGCCAACCUGAAGAACUUGAAGAACUCUUGGCUUGUUAUCUGUCACUGAAUUCUGAUGAAUACCAUGAUCUCAUCAUCAAGGCAUUUCGCCAGGUAUGGUUCUACCUAGAGCAGGCCAGUUUUGAAUCUUUUGAUAUUGAAUUACAAACUGAAGAAUGUUCUGAGGAUUAACUACUGUCUCAUUAAUGACGACCAACAUGUAAAUAUCUCCACAUUUACUAUUAUAUCAUGCUUCUAAUAUGCAUCAGAUUGCAGAAUUAGCUUCAAACCAUCAUAGAAGAAUUCAUUUCUAGCUUCCAAAUUUAAUUUUGUGGCUAUAAGUAUAAACAGCUUUAAGGCAA